AUGAGGCAACGGAUUGGUCUCUUCGCAUUGGCACUAAGCCUUCAAGCUGGCUUAACUGCUACGCUCAAAGCCGACAUUCGCGCCGACACCAAUCGCGAUGGCCACGUGGAUCUGAAAGGAACGUCGGACUCGACAGACAAGGCCUUCUGGUCCUCUACGCACGGUGCAAUCUUCCUCCCCAAUGUCGGCGACAAACAAAUGCGAUGUGCAACCACUGAUCUUACCGGUAACCCUCUGAGCAAUGAUGAGCUGGCCUACUGCAAUGACGCAUCUGGUCACCUCCUCUUGGCCCCUGAAUACCUUGCGCCCUUGAGGACAGUGCCUAUGGCAGAUAUCUCCGACAAUGCCACGGCUCAAGUAUACACCACGCCGCAAGCUGCCUACGAUCGGACCCGUAUCUUUGUGCUAGAAGAUCUUUCCAAGCCUAACGCAACCAAGUCGUGGCGAUUGGUCGACCGCGAGCUCUACUUCAAUGCGACUCAAUUGCGUGCAGGGCUUGUUCUUGCUAUUGAUGGCAGGGAGUUCGUGAAGAAUGCUGCUGUCUGGGACGGCCAUGCAACCGUCCAUUUCGAGGUUACAGACGCCAUCUCUUACUCGGUCCCAGCCAAGGUUUCGACGGAUGAGGUUGCGAUGAAAGUAGCACCAGUCCUGACACAUCAUCCUCUGCAGCGAGUGGAGACUCUGGUCAGUUCAGCAGCCAAUGAAACCAACCUCGUCCAGAGCGAUUUCGUGGCACAGAUCGAUGCUGCGCGUCAGAAAAUAGGGCUGGAGAAUCCACUGCUAUUGUUCAACCAGUCAUCUGAUAUCUGGGCCCAGGAUAUCCUGGAGCCUGCGUAUGCUAGUAUGCCUGGGCCCAACGGUCCUAUCGCUAUUCGCAUCAUGAUGCGGUCAGCGCAGUCUACACGUACUGGUGGCCGCCAGAUUUUUGAACAGCUGAGAGGCCCGGGCGUAGGAGGCUUCCAGCCAGGAAGUAACACUGGCACAGGCUUUGGCUAUGACACCAUCAACAGCUAUGGUAACUUGGAGACGAUUCCGCCUCACCGAUCAAAGAAGGGUCGAACUUACCCAGCUGGGCGUGCCAUCUUUGGGAAACACUGGGAUCAGCUCACCUCGCAGCCUGUGAGGGAUCUUCUGUACGGUAACGAGGUGCAGAUGCCUCUAAUCCUCGAGACCGGUUGGUUGAACGUUGGACACGUCGAUGAAAUCAUUCAAUUCCUUCCCUAUGACAAUGAACUUGGAUGGACUCUAGCUAUCGGAGAUACUAGGCUAGGCUUGGAGAUCCUGCGCAAUGUGUCAGCAGCAGGCCAUGGCGGUGUGAUGGCGCAAAGCUACAAUGUGUCCCGAGCCGCAACUCUGGAAGCUGAUCCCCCUACGCAACCGGGCCUGACCAUGAGCGUUGACGAACUUCUCGCCAAUGUAACCUUCCAGGAGAAUCAGGCCUACGCACAGAAGCACCUCGAUGCCAACUUAGACAUUUUCCUCAGUGAAGUCCCGCUCGACCACAAGGACGUCAUCCGUCUCCCGGCUCUCUUCGAAGACGCAGCUCCCGGCCCUGAGUUUAUCAGACCAGAUGGACUGCACGUGUACUGGUGGCCUGUCAUCGAAGGUGAGAGGCAGCUCAUUGGUCUGGUUCCAGCCACCGUGAACGGUAUCAUCAUUGGAGACCAGUAUCUCUGCCCUCAGCCUUGGGGUCCAAUGGUCGAUGGUCAAGACGUAUGGAUGUCUCACAUCGAGGCAGCAUAUGCUAGAGCUGGAAUGACUGUUACUUAUAUUGAUGAUUGGUUGAGCCACCAUUCACAUGGAGGAGAAAUUCACUGCGGAACCAACACCCUGCGCCAGACUGAUCUGCCGUGGUGGGAGUAA